AUGCAGGUCAAGAAAGCUGACGGGUCUGACUACGAACCAAAUACAAUCAGUGCCUUCCAGAGAAGCAUACAGCGGUAUUUAGAAGAGAAGUCCAAUCUGAGCAUCCUCAAGGAUAAGGAAUUCGACUCUUCGCGAACAGCCAUUGCAGCAAAGCGAAAGUCUCUCGUCCAAAGCGGCAAAGGAAACAAGCCUCAUGCGACAAAGUUUUUAACCUAUGAGGACGAAGAGGCGUUGUUUUCCAGCGGCCAGUUCAGAGAUCACAACCCAGAGGUCCUGCAGAGAACUCUUUGGUGGUACAUGUCCCUCCACAUCGGAUUUCAUGCAAGAGACGAAAGACACAAAUUAUGCUGA